UCAAACGGUGUUCGUGUGAAUGAAGAACACAUAACACAGAGAUAUUAUGAUGUCAAUGUUGUUGCCACUCUUCUUCUUCUUCUUCUUUUUCUUCUCAACCUCUCGCGCAAUAUGGCUAACGAUACCAACCGGCGGCACCAAGUGCGUUUCCGAAGAAAUCCAUAGCAACGUCGUCGUUUUGGUCCAUUACGCUAUCGUCGGUGGUACCCCCAACAUCACCAUUUCCUCCAAGGUGUCAUCACCAUAUGGAAACGAACUUCAUCAUGUAGAAAGCACACGGUUGGGUAAUUUGGCUUUUACAGCAAGAGAGAGUGGACUGUACCUUGCAUGCUUCUGGGUGGACGGUAAUGAUCGAGGAGGAGACGUUAUUUUGGACCUUGAUUGGAAAUCUGGAAUUGAAGCCAGGGAUUGGGAUUCUAUUGCUAAAAGAGACAAGAUUCAGGGAGUAGAGCUUGAGUUGAAGAAGCUAGAAGGAUCAGUGGAGUCUAUCCACGAGAAUUUGAUGCAUCUGAGGGGAAGGGAAGCAGAGCUGAGGAACCUGAGUGAAUCAACAAAUUCCAGAGUGGUGUGGUUUAGCCUUUUGUCCUUAGGUGUCUGCAUCACAGUUUCAGUUUUGCAGUUGUUGCAUUUGAAGCGAUACUUCCACAAGAAAAAGCUUAUUUAAA